ACGCUUUGGCAGUAUACAGACGUUCACUGUUCCGCGGACCACGCGCUAUCUCAUCAAAGCCUGGGAGCUCGGGGAGGAACACAUUCAUACAAUUAUGGAUACCUUCCAGGAACAUACAAUUGUGGAAAGGGAGCGUUUAUAGAAGGCAAGUUCAGACUGAAUAAUGAAACAGUGUUAAAUAUUGUGGUGGGACAAAGAGGAGGGGAUUCGGUGGAGGUUGAAGGCGGACAAAGUACAAGCCAGACCGCAGCUCAACUUCGAAAAUCCGUGGAGGACAAUGCCGGCACUGGAGGAGGGGGAGGAAGUUUUGUUUACACUACAGAUAAUGUUCUGUUGCUGGCUGCCAGAGGAGGAGGGGGUGCGUCGGGUGGGUAUAAUGGUGUGGAUGGUCAGGCGUGAUCAAGUGGCACCAGUAGUGAGGGGAAAGAUUCGUCACAAGUUCGUAAUGGAGGUACAGAUGGGCGGCCAGGUGAAUGCAAUAGCGAGGGCGCCAGCUACCAUGGAGGAGUGGGUGCAGGUUGGUUUGGUCAAGGUUGUACCCGACUAGGCUCCUCCCAUGGGGAAAGAGGUGGAUCACGUGCUCAAGGCUGGAUCGGAGGUCAAGCCGGAAAUAUGAAUAGCGGUAAUAAUGGGGGCCCUGCACCAGGAGCAGUUGGUGGGUUUGGAGGCGGGGGAGGAGGUUCAGAAGAUAAUGGGGCAUCAGGCGGAGUUGAUGGAUACUCUGGGGGAGGCAGCGGUACUCAUAGGCACCAAGCCGGGGGUGGAGGGGGCUCGUACUGCAGUGGUGAAGACUGUUCAGGUUUGUCUGGU